AUGGCAUAUCAAGGCUCAUACUACAUCCUCUGGACCCAGCAGACUCAUCUCUUCAAUGAGAUUGCUCAGCUCAAGCAUCACAUAUCAGACAUAGAGAAACAACUGUCGCGAGCUCAGCAAACACUAGAUCAAUCAGACGUAAAACGGUACGACAGGAGGAAAGCAAAAUGGGUAGCCAACUCGCAACGAAAGUACCUCAAGAACUUGAAUCAUACUCUGCAUUCGCUCUUACUUUCCCUGUCGGCCUGUCAAUCGCAGAUCGCUCGCAUACACAUCGAGGCUUCUCAGCAAGCGAUUCAGAAUAGUAAUGCUUGGACUGCAUAUCACGUUUCUCAAAACCAAGAUACAACACCUACAGAAGAAACAUAUCAAUACCAAGUCCGCUCUUCGAGUCCCGACUCUGGAUUCUCAGAACCAGCUCUGUAUGCCCAGCCUUUCGAUCUCGAUUUAUCCCGAGAUCAAGGCGAUCAUACCAUUUCUCAUGAACUUCGACAUCCACUACCUCUACCUCUAAUCAUAAACACUCGGGUCGCAGAACAAAAGCCACCACCUGUACGCGUCACACCAUUAAGCCCUUCCGCAGACAACUUCACCCCAACCCCAAAAACAACCUACGCAAAAGCCACAAGUCCACUAGCACCACCUUUCAGCCCUUUCGUGUUUGCAAAAGCCAACCCUCCCAGCCCAAGCAAACCUAUAAAUUCAAAGCCCUUAUUCACACAACCGGUUUGGUCUUCUCCGAACGAGUGGAGUGAGCAGGUCGAGGAAGCAAUGACGCCUGUAUCGCCGACAGCUAGAGUAGAAGAGGGAAAUCGAGAGUCUAGAAGAAGGUAUUCUGUUGCCGCGGUUGAGUUGAUUGAGAGUCGGUUAAGGCAUAAGAAGCAGGUUAGUGAUGUGGCCAGGGGCCUGAGGAUGCAAGGUUGA